UGGCCGCACGUACAGGUACAAAAACAAGCGCUGACAGUUCCACUGCGCAUGGUUGCUCGGCUGACGCAGAACGCUAGAAAGUUCGCUGAUUGGGGCCGCAUUUGCCACUCUCAUUCGCUAUGAUUAUCCCCGUCAGAUGCUUCACGUGUGGAAAGGUGGUUGGGAACAAAUGGGAAGCCUACCUGGGUCUCUUACAAGCUGAAUAUACGGAGGGUGAUGCCCUGGAUGCCCUUGGGUUAAAGCGCUACUGUUGCCGGCGUAUGCUGCUCUCGCACGUGGAUCUCAUUGAGAAGCUGUUGAACUACGCACCUUUAGAGAAGUGAGGUGGCCCCUGCACCAGAGGUCGGUAGAAACUGCACCAAGAGCUAAGUGUGGGCUCAGGGAAGUGCAGGGGUCCCCGUGCUACCUUAUUCCAUAGAGAUAGCCAUCAUGCCUAGCCAUAAAGGAAAACUGGCUCUGACGAGAGGAAGCUUGGGAGUUGUAGUUGACACAAAUUGCAUCUUCCUUUUCAUGAUGUGUGCUAUAGAAAUAUAAUAAAUAAUAUAUCUCUGUCAUGUA